UAUACCAGUACGAGUGGUUGUCAGCUGUUGGACUGGUCGCUAUAGUACAUGUGCGUGUACGUAGACAUAUGUCUUAACAACUUGUAGGGGUGGGGUAGCUAACCACAAGCCUUAAUUCUAUGUUACGGAGCCGGUCAGGGAAGCGCAGUUAACGCUGCUCUCUGUUCACACGUACUUUGGAGGCCACGAUGGUUUUACUGUGAUCUAUUUGGAUUUGUUUAUUUGGAUUUUGGGGUUUUUUGUCGUUGGUUGCGAACCGAUGGAAGAUCCUCCCACAUCAGAAGCUUUUCACAUGAAUAUACAACGAUUUGAAUCUGGAGCCGAGGGGAGGAGGGCCUAAAUGACGCUCGGGAGACAUGGCGCCCAAUCGGACCGGUCGACUACGGAUACUAUGGCUGCUUCUUACGUGCGGCAUGACACAUAUGCUUCCCACAGAAACGACAAGAGUGGCUACGGAUAAGGGCAAGAUCGAGGGAUUCCGGGAAGAAAUCCUCGGCAAAACCGUCGACAUUUUCUACGGGAUUCCGUUCGCCAAGCCGCCCAUUGGCAACCUUCGGUUCAAGCAUCCCGUUCCUAUCGACCCUUGGAGCGGAACGCUGAAUGCUACGCGCAGGCCCAAUGCGUGCAUUCAAGGUUUUGACAGGGUGUUCGGGAACUUCAGCGGUUCAAACAUGUGGAACCCUAACACGCCUGUCAACGAAGAUUGCCUCUAUCUGAACGUCUGGGUGCCCCGGAGCCGGGACGGGGAAACUGUGGGCAACAAGGCGGUGAUGGCGUGGGUGUACGGUGGGGGUUUCUACAGCGGCUCCUCUGCUUUGGACGUUUACGAUGCCAAGAUCCUGGCGGUGGAAAACGAUGUGAUUGUUGUGUCUAUGCAAUAUCGGGUGGGGGCUCUAGGCUAUUUGGCCAUGGGACACAGAGAUGCUCAAGGCAAUGCCGGCAUGUACGACCAGUUGUUAGCUUUAGAUUGGGUCCAACGAAAUAUCCACCACUUCGGUGGCGAUGCUCACCGUGUGACGUUGUUCGGGGAGAGUGCAGGUUCCGUAAGCGUCAGUAUGCACCUCCUGUCGCCCCUCAGUCAGGGCAAGUUCGCUCGCGCCAUCAUGGAGAGCGGCUCAGCACUGUCCGCCUGGGCGACGAUUACGCGGAAGGAGGCGAUGUCAAGGGCGUUAAAACUGGCCACCCUCAUGGGCUGCGACCAAGGUGAUAUCGGAAACAUCAUUGCGUGCUUAAGAACAAAACCAGCCACUCUGUUUCCAACCUUUGAAUUUCAGGUCGCAUUCGGGAUUUUCCAGUUCCCGUUCGUACCAAUCAUCGACGGAACGUUUCUAACAGAAACCCCGACCUCCGCUUUGGAGAGCAGUAACUUCAAGAAAGCCCCUUUACUGCUGGGCAGCAAUAAAAACGAAGGGGCAUGGUUUUUAAUUUAUCAGUAUGUGGAACAUUUUAGUUUCUCGGACAGUUUAAUCAGCCGAAAACAGUUUAUGUAUAUCUUGGAUUCAUUAUUUCACUAUUAUCCUCAAUAUCCUCAAAAAAUGAACAUCUUCGGCAAAAAGGCCGUGGCUUUUCAAUACACACAUUGGCAAGACCCGAACAACAAAGUAAUGAACCGUGUCAACCUUGACCAAGUCGUCGGGGACUAUCACUUAGUCUGUGGCGUCAAUGACUUCGCGGAGGCGUAUGCCAGGGCGAACCUUGACGUCUACUAUUAUUAUUUCACACACCGCUCCUCUCAGAACUUGUGGCCAAAGUGGAUGGGCGUCAUGCACGCCGAUGAAAUUAAUUACGUGUUCGGGGAACCCUUGAACCCUAAGUUCAAAUAUCAUAAACAGGAGCGUGAGCUCAGCCGCAAGAUUAUGAAGUACUGGACGAACUUUGCCAAAACCGGGGAUCCCAACGACCCGGAUAAGCACGAAUGGCCAAAGCGCACGGUGACGGGAAUGGAAUACUUGACCCUUGACACGAAAUACACCCGCCACCCUAACCGCAUAAAGGAGGCCGUGGGUCACGGGCCCCGCACCACUGAAUGUGCCUUUUGGAGAGAGUAUCUACCUCAUUUGGUGGCCGCUACAGCAAAUAUAUCGGAAAUGGAAAAGGAAUGGAAGGUUCAGUUCAACGACUGGAGUACGAAGUAUAUCGUGGAUUGGAAACAUCAAUUCGACAACUUCCUUGCGUUCCAAGAAAAAACGCUUCCAGUCAUGUGGUGGAGGAACUGGAUAAUUUCGACGGACUGGGGUAUUUUUAUAAAUUGGACAAUUUCCACCUGCUUGGUAAGAAGUUACCUUUAAGAUGGGUUGACGAAGAACUACCAUGGACUGGCUAAUUACCACCGUUUGGAAAAUGCCCACCUUUUGGAAAAUUCCCACCUUUUGGAAAAUUCCCACGGGUUAAAAAUCAUCCAGCUAUAUUCAAAUGACAUUCUGUAUUAUCACGCAACAUGGACAUCUUACCAGACGUGGUCACAUGAUCUGUGAACAUUGAAUGUUCCUUUUGUACCCUGCAUAAUCAGGACAUAAACAUAUUUGUCAGUACGUCAGUCUGGUAUCAUUGUAAAAAGUAACGUGUGUCACAUGGGAAAUCGUUCACAUCACCGUUAUUCAUCCAAAAACAUAAUAAUAAUGCGGUUUUCGGUCAGUGUCAUGGGACAACAAUUCGCGUUAUGUUUAAUAUUCACACUUAUUUAUCAAGUGUACAUUUAUUAUCAUUUAAUGUGCUAUUGGUCUCAAAGUGUAUAUCUAGAGGAAACUUUUUAUAGGUUUGUAUAAGACAACGUAGGCUUUAGGAAUUGUAGAAUUGAAGUUGCAGUUCAAAGAUUGAACCUGGUACGAGUAUAAAUCUGGCUCUGUUGUGUUGUAGGUCUUGUUAUAUCUAACACUGCAUAAUCAAUGUAUUAUACUAAAUAAAAAUGUAUUUGUUUAUCUCUUCAAA